UGUCUAGAUUCUAGAAAAGACAAAAGAUGAGAAAUGAGUGAACGAAAAACCAAGAUAAACUUAACAUAACAAUUAUCACGAUUCAACUCCAAAUAUCAAAACUUAACAAAUUAUUCAAUGGCAUCAUCAUGUGUAGGAACUCUAUCAUCACCCAACCCUUAUCUAUUUUCCUCAAAAACCAAACAUUUGGCUUCAACAAGGACAAGAGUUGUAAGAGCAGCUGUCACAGAAAAACUUGGCAUCAAGAUUGAGAGGAACCCUCCUGAGUCCAAGCUCACUCAACUUGGUGUUAGACAAUGGCCCAAAUGGGGUUGUCCUCCAAGCAAUUUUCCAUGGACAUAUGAUGCAAAAGAGACAUGCUAUCUUCUAGAAGGAAAAGUGAAGGUCACUCCUAGUGGAGCUAAUGAAGCUGUUGAAAUUGCUGCUGGUGACUUGGUUGUGUUUCCUAAAGGGAUGAGUUGUACUUGGGAUGUUUCCGUUGGUGUUGAUAAGCACUAUAAAUUUGAAUAAUACGAAUAAAUAAGCUAGAUUUUAAUUGUCCUAAUGUUUUGUAAAAUUAAACCAAGUUCAUGUUAUGUUAGUUAUAU